AUGGAGGUCGAAACUCGCGUCAAAGCUUACCGAUUCGUGGCCUACGCCGCCGUCACGUUCAGUGUUGUCGCCGUUCUUUCGGUUCGUUUUACCGGCAAAUUUUUAAGCUAAAAAAAAACACUUUGUAGGUGUGCAUAACGCUUCCGAUGGUCUACAACUACGUGCGCCACGUGAAACAAUCCAUUCACCACGAGAUCCGCUACUGCAAGGGAUCCGCCAAGGACAUCCUCUCCGAGGUGUCGGCGGUCCGUUCCAACCGUACCGCCCGUCAGGCGAAUUACGGAGACGCCGGAGUCGCUGGUGCCGCAGCCGGAGCAGGCGGCUCUUGCUCUGGAUGUUGUCUGCCAGGACCAUCGGGACCCGCAGGAUCUCCUGGAAAGCCCGGAAGGCCAGGAAAGCCCGGAGUCGCCGGACUGCCUGGAAAUCCUGGAAGACCGCCACAAGCCCCUUGUGAGCCGAUUACGCCGCCACCGUGCAAACCGUGCCCACAAGGACCGCCAGGAGAGCAGGGACCAGCCGGACCACCCGGAGACGCUGGACUCGACGGACAGCCAGGAGGACCAGGACAAGACGGUCAGCCGGGACAGGCAGGACCAAAAGGACCACCGGGAAUCAACGGACAACCAGGAGCACCGGGACAGGACGGAAAUCCGGGACAGGAUGCGCCGUCGGAGCCGCUUAUUCCAGGAGAGCCGGGAGCACCGGGAGAAGCUGGACCACAAGGACCGCCCGGACAACCAGGAGUGCCCGGACAGGAUGGUCAACCAGGACAGCCGGGACCAAAGGGACCACCCGGACAGCCGGGACAACCGGGAGCCGAUGGAAAUCCAGGACCAGCUGGAGAGGCAGGACAGGCUGGAAGCGCCGGCGAGAAGGGAAUCUGUCCAAAGUACUGCGCCAUCGACGGAGGCAUCUUUUUCGAGGACGGAACCCGUCGUUAA